CCUAUGGUGGGGAUUUCCCUUCGAGGUUUCGCGUGCGCGCGCAGCUCAUCGAUCACCUGUGACCUAGCCUGGAAAUCAUGUGACUUUGUUUGUUAUUCAAAUCAUUAUCACCUGAGCGAUCCAGAUCCAAGAGUGUCAAUUUAUCAGUUUAUCCGGGUGGUGAUUUGUGGCAGUUUUAUUUAUCGGUUUCGCAGCAGAUGGCAUAUCGUUUUAAACGUGAACCGUUGGAACAGUAUACGUCACCAUGAAGAUGUACUUCUUCUUCGAAUCAAUUACAAGUGACAUCCUUUUCAAAGGGUGGGUUAUCACAACAAAAUGGGAGUUUGCCUUGUCCUGUCUUCUCUUUGCCUUCGCCGCGGUGGUCCUGGAGGUGUUGGCGACUCUCAGCACCUACCUGACCCGGCGCUAUACCACCAAUCCUCUCGAGAUGAACUGGUCCUCGCCCAUCAAUGGAAGAUCACCCCUUCUGGCCCCUCUCCAGAUACCGAGCAGUGUGUCAAAGGUCAAACAACGGAGGUGUCGGAUCCACUUUGGUCGGACGAUCGUCCACAUCGUCACCGUCAGCUUGGGCUACUCCGUCAUGCUGGUCGUCAUGACUUACAACGCCUACUUCCUCAUCUCGGUCGCUGUCGGAUCUGCCUUGGGCUACCUCCUGUUUGCCCCGUUCAGGAAACGCCCCAAGAAGAGGACGCCCCCUGUUGACCGACGAGCCCAGAGAGACAGCUUGACCAGGAGCGGGCAGAUGGAUCUGGGCGGUGAGACGAGCGGUCCCGGAACCGACGCAGAAGGAUCCUCCAGAGUCAAUUACUAUGGAACGCUGUAGUGAGCCAUGACUGAUGUGAAGGCCGUUGGAUCAAGCCUGGGCACGUCGCUCGUGUCCUCUGCCCAGAGUUUAAUCUUUGUGUAAUUUUGUUGAGGCACUCUGUACCCUGGAGAAUAAAUGAGACCUACAUGCAGCAGGAUGACAAAAGCAAUUGUGAUUGAUUUUCGUCAUAUGCCCCUCGAGGUCAGUGAGCAUAUAUGGUAGAAAUACUCCUCAGGGAGUGGAGAUGGUGCUCAAAUUGUUUGCACUUAUGAAUCUGAUGACAGCAGUCAUGAUAUCUUUUCUUGCUGAAGAGACAACAAUAGUAGGCGCAACAUGUAUAUCAAGUCAAAUUAUCAUUAUCCACUGGGGGAACUGAAUCUGACGUGUGCUAUCAGAAUUUCGACAGUAGAAUUUUUUUGAUUACGAGUGCUGAUGAAAAUGUGUGGGGCAACUAAGCGAUUGCCCCAAAUUAUAUUUACGUUGAGUGCUUCCAGCUGAAAUGGUUUUGUAUUGGUGCCGUCUUGAAAGACAUUUUUGUAUAAUGUAGGAUGAACCGAAGGACUCGGGAUUUGGUCUUAUGCUGAAGUACUGUCACAAAGAGCCCACAAAAUGAAUACCGGUAAUGAUAUCCAUGUAUAAUUAUAUGAUUACAGAAGCACCUGGAAGCAGCUAAAACUUUAUUAUUCAUGUUUU